CGGCGCGCGGAGAUGCCAAGUUGGAAGGGACCUUGGGGGCGGUGGAGAAGUGACUUUCCUCCUGGGUCAUCUGGGCACUAAGAAUGAAAGGUAGGAUUCGAACCCAGGUCCUCCAUCCCGGAGCCAAGGACGCUUAUCCACUGUAGUGGCACAAGAUCGGCCUCUUUUGGAAGGAGAGGUGUGAGUGAGAAGGGGAAGGAGAAAGAGAGGGGUUUUUCUCCUUUGACCCUCACAACAGCUCUGGGAGGCCAUGGCAGAGGUGGCGGCGGGCCCGAGUGCCCCGCUCUUGCCGCAGCACCAGUACAUCUGCUCCGCCUGUGGCCUGCUCUACAACACACUGGAGGAGGUCUUCCUGCACCAGCAGCAGCACACCCAGCCCAGCCCCGAGGAGCCCCGCCCAGUCAGCGGCUCCCUGCCCCAGGACGGCCACUUCCAGUGCUUGGAGUGCUCCGAGCUCCUGCUGUCUCAGGAGGCCCUGCUGGCCCACCAGGACGCCCACACCCGGGACUCAGACCCUCCCAUCGGCCCCCUUCAGGGCCAGGUCCAGUACCACUGCGGCAACUGCGAGGAGCUCUUCCUGUCCCCUGACCUCUGGCUGGCCCACUGUGAGGCCUGCCCUGCCCCCGAGGAGACAGAGCCGCUGCCCCCCUCGCCUGUGGCCACGAUGGACCCCUACGAGUGCCCCGAGUGCGCGCAGCUGCUGGACACCCCUGAGGAGUUCUUGGAGCACCAAGGGACCCACUUUGCCUCCCUCGAGAAGGAAGAGGCCGACGGAGGAGAGGAGGAGGAGGGGCCCCGCACAGAGGGGGCAGCGGCCGAGGACGAGGGAGCCACCCACGUCCGCCAGUGCGGCGAUGGCCAGGGCUCCUGGGGAUCGGGGGAGGAGCUGCGGCGGCCCCGACGGGCAGCCCACGCCCCAGCCGCUGCCCUCCAUCGCUGCGCCCAGUGUCAGCGUGGCUUCAGCUCUGCCAACCGUCUCCUGGCCCACGGCCGCGCCCACGUCGGGGGCACCCACGAGUGCCCCGCCUGCUCCAGAGUCUUCAAGAAGGCCGCCUCCCUGGAGCAGCAUCUCCGGCUGCACCGGGGCGAGGCCCGCUACUUGUGUGUGGACUGCGGCCGGGGCUUCGGGACAGAGCUCACGCUGGUCGCCCACCGCCGGGCCCACACGGCCAAUCCCCUCCACCGCUGCCCCUGUGGCAAGACUUUCUGCAACAUGACAAAAUUUCUCUACCACCGGCGGACCCACGCGGGCAAGAGCGGGGCACCCCCGCCGCCCCCUCCUGCACCGCCCCCGCCCCCGCCGCCGCCUGCUGCCUUGUCUUGCCCACACUGCGCCAAAGCCUUCUCCUCUGCGGCCCGGCUAGCCGGGCACCGGCGGGCCGUGCACUCGCCGCCUGAGCGGCGGCACCGCUGUGGGGUCUGCGGGAAAGGCUUUAAGAAGUUGGUCCACGUGCGCAACCAUCUGCGCACGCACACAGGCGAGCGGCCCUUCCAGUGCCAUGCCUGUGGGAAGACCUUCGCCUCACUUGCCAACCUCAGCCGCCACCAGCUGACCCACACGGGGGCUCGCCCCUACCCCUGCCCCGACUGUGGUAAGCGCUUCACCCAGAGUUCCAACCUGCAGCAGCAUCGGCAGCUGCACAGCCGGUCUGCAGCCUUCUCACGGGCCUCACGCCUCCAGGCUCGUCUGGCCGCGGUCCGGAGCCUGUACGGGAAGGGGGCGGCCAGCAGCGGGACGCCGGGCCGGGCUGGGCAGCGGCACCCCCGGCGGGGCCGCGUGGGGCGGGAUGAGCCCAAACCCCAGCCCAGACCUGCCGCAGCCCCCAACCCACCAGCCCCAGCCCCGCAGCAGACCAUCAUGUGCACAGAGCUGGGUGAGACCAUCGCCAUCAUCGAGACUUCGCAGCCCCUUGCCCUGGUGGACACGUUGCAGCUGUGCCAGGUGGCACUGGGGGCUGGGGGGCUGCUCCACCUGGACGCCGCUUUUGUGUGACAGGCCGAGACAGGGCGGGGCUGGGUUCUUAAUAAAUGAGUUUGCAUUGAUGUCACUAUGUUAACGAAGUAGAAAUUUGCCUUCUUCACAUGAUCACAGAUUGAGAAGGAGAAAAGACUGUGCCAACCCCUCCUUUUUAGGUCAGGAAAUCAAGGCUUCCGGAAUCCAGUGACUUGUGGGAGCCAAACUGAGCCCCUCUUGUCUGCCUCAGGUCUCCAGCUUCUGGGGGACCGAGGCUGCUCACACCGCAGAGCUUGUUUCUCCAUUACCUAAAGGGUGGCAGAGGAGAUGUGCCUCGAGGUCAGGUGGGCGUCCUUCAGCUUUGUGGUGGUCGUGGUCCCUAGCUGCCCCGUGAGAUCUAGUUUCCAAGGCCCUUCCUGGGCACAGAAAUUAAGUGAAUUAGGAUACCAAAAAGCAUCCACAGUGACCCCACAGAGAAUCUCAGCACUAGCUCAUUUUGUCCACAAGUAUCUAACCUGUGGUCUGGCCCGACUACCCAAAGUAGCCCUUUCCCCGCUGGCCCUGUGCCCCCUCUCCAGGAGGAACAUCUCCAGGUCGCUGGACGUGGUGUGAUGUGGUUUGGACCCCAUUCUCUUCUCUGCCCAUCUCUCCUGCACCCUGGGGUUAUCAGGAGCUUCGGGUGCCUCAUCCAAAUGAGAACCUGAAACGUGAGUACUCCCCGCCUUGCCCUUCCUGAUGAGUGACCAGCCGAUCCUGUGCCCUUCAGGCUACCAGCUCACAAGUGCAGAGGAGAGAGAAACUGGGCCCUAAAUCUGCAUCUGGGGAGAGGGGGCGCUUCCAAGAGCAUCUGCCUUGGGAGAAGGCCCAUGAUGAAGUCCUGACCUUACCAACCCAAUAGGAGGGGGAGGGCAGAUGGCAUUCUCAUUUUCCAGAGAAGUAAAUCACCUUCACAUUUGGCAACUUGAGCAGGUCAUCCUUGUGAUGAGAAACCACCGCCCACUGUCCCUUUCUGCUCUCCUGAGUAGCCCUUUAGCAGAUAAGGAAACCUCACAGGGCAGAGCCCACUCAGCUGAACCCAAGGGAUCUGCCACACACGGCAGCUGAACAGACUUGUUCCAUCCGCAUCACCCAGCCCCACUCCCAGGAUGGUCUGAGCCGGCCGGAGGCACUUCCCUCGACAGUGAGUACCUCCACAGCAGUGUCCUGGGAUCGCCAAACGCCAGCCCAGGGAACGCCACUGUGUAUAGAAAAUCCCAAAAAGUCACCCGGUCCGUCAGUCACCAAGCAUUUACUGAACACCUACCACAUGCCCAGCGCUAGGAUUCAGAGAAAGGCAAAUGGCCAUCUCUGCCCCCAAGCUGCUCAGUCACGGGGGAGACGGGCAAACGAUGUCAUCAGGACCAUGCUUCUACUGGCUAAGUUGGGCGUAAUGUAAGGUACCAGCCCUGUGGGAGAUCCGGGAAUCCAGGGGAGCCAGGAGGCCGAGAGGGCCAGGCCCAGGCGCGGCCAGUGAGAAUGCCGAGUCAGGAGAUGCAGAAUCUUGUUUAGGAACAGCAGUCAGGAAGGCACUGUCACUAGAUGGAGACUGGAAAGGUUGGAAGGGGGCAGCUUAGGGAAGGCUUCGUUCAAAAGCCGAAGAGGGUUAUUUUCAUGUUUAUUGUGGAGCUGACUGGAUGGCUGGGGAGGGGAGGAUGACUUCAGGAAGAGCAAUCUGGCAGCAGUCCAGGGUGAGGCAAUGGUGACCUGCACCAGGGUGGGGGCCGUGUCAGAGGAGAGAAGGGACUCCUGGGUUGGGAGCCUGGUGCUGCCCUUUACCGUGACAAGCGGGGGCCGACGAGGUCAGUUUGGGACACACCGAAUUUAAGAUGCCCAAUAGGCAGUUGGAGACCCAAGGUUAGGAGAAGAAUCGUCAAGGAAACACAGCAGACUAUGUUGGGAAAAGAGGACCUGGGACAGAGCCUCGGAAGAGACUGAGGUCAGUCAGAGGAGAGCCAGGGAUUCAGAAAUGCCCAGAAGAGGGGCCCCCCAGCCAGAAGGUGAAGAGGGAAGGACAGAGGGAGGGGCCACCUCAGCCCUGCAGUGGACAACUGAGGAAACAGACCGGAAAGGGGGCGGGGCGCCGACCAACCCACACAGGGAGUGGCACAGGCCAGGUCUGAGCCUGCUCCUCGAACUUUGAGCCCACUCAGGACUCCCCACAGCCCUGUUCUGCCACCCUCGGGCCAGACCCUGCAGGUUCACAGUCCAGCGUCACACGGGCCCUUAUGGUUCCUACCCCGGCCCCGACUCCCCCUCCCCCAACACACGCACACCCCGUGAACAUUGGAGCUAUCUUUUCCAGAGAUGCCCAAGGUCACAACAACAGAGGGUCCGAUGUAGACAGUCUUGGUUUGCCCCGGGGCAGUGAAAGGCUGAUCCAGGGCAAGAAUGCAAGACUUGGCAUGGGGCCAUGUGUUCAAAUCUCAGCUGUGUGACUUUGGUCAGGUUACAGGAGUUCAGAAGGGAUGCCAGUGGGUGCCCUCGAGUCCGGCCUGAACUUCCACCAAUGACAGCCUUGACGUGAAGCCUCCCAAUGACAGAAUAGCAGAGGGAGAAGAAGGG